AUGGACUCGAUCAAUUUUGUCAUUAUCUUCGCUCAAUUCUUCAAUGUCCUUGCUUGGCCAUCAAUUCCUCUGUUGUAUCCCUUGUAUGCUUCGAUUCGAGCAAUAAAAUGUGAUCAAGAAUCAUUCUAUCAGCAAUGCCUCAAAUAUUGGGUAUUGUUUUCCAUGGCCACAAUCCUGGAAUGUACACUUUCAAAGCUUCUUGUAUGGCUCUCUCUUUGGCCCUAUAUAAAAGGAGUGGCCACUGUCUUGCUCACAGUACCUUCAUUUGCUGGUGCUUCUUAUGUCUACACACACUUUGUUCGUAUAGCUGAGGAUUCAUGUUUCCGGGAUAUGCUGCUCAUUCCAGAAUCAAUCGGGCAGAAUGAAUUUUCUGAUCAAGCAAGUAUUCAUACAAGGGAGAAUGGAGAAGAAUCAGAAAACCGUGUUGCUUAUGAGGGAAAGAAGCACAAGUUGAAGGAAAUGGAACAUAAACAGAAAAAUGAAGCUGCAACUAAAGAAACAAAUAUUUCUUUAACUAAGAAGAAAGCCAAUAUUCUACUAGGGAAAUUCAACCAAAUCACACGCUUAGAUUUUCAUAAUAUGGAUGGUUUUACAACCCUGGUUAAAAGAUCAAACAGAUGGUCGAUGUGGAUAAAGCCCGACUUUGGAUGGACCAAGUUGAAUACAGAUGGAUCUAUUGACAGAGAAACAGCUGGUUUUGGUGGUUUGUUCCGUGACGAUCAGGGUGGUCCUGUAUGUGCAUAUCUGUUGAUAAAGCCCGACUUUGGAUGGACCAUGUGGAAUUCAGAUGGAUCUAUUGACAGAGAAAGAGCUGGUGUUUGUGGUUUGUUCCGUGACUAUCUGGGUGUUCCUGUAUGUGCAUAUGUCUCGAAAUAUCCAGGAGUUGAUAUUUUCUUGGCUGAACUAUGGGCAAUCUGGAGAGGCCUCAUAGUUGCAUCAAGUCUGGGAAUCAAGUUAAUAUGGGUUGAAUCUGAUUCAAUGAGUGUUGUCAAAACUAUCAACAAGGAACAACCAUAUGGUCCAAAGGCUAGUAGCUGCUUGAAGCACACUUGGAAACUUUUGAAGAAGUUUGACAAAUAUCUCGUUUCUCAUUCUUGGCGUGAAACAAAUAGAGCAGCUGAUUAUCUAGCUAAGAUGGAUCUUCCGGGAAGUGAUGUUGUUCUAUGGCCUGGUGAUUUUCCCUGUGGACUUUCCAGAAUUAUCAAGGAAGAUGCUCUAGGGACGAUGUACUACAGAAGAUAA